AUGUAUGCUACCAACCAACUUCUUCUAUGGCUUUCCUGCCUUUCUGGCUUCGCGUUGGCGACCAGCUCUCCACCAAACGGAUGUAAAGCACAUCCAGACACUCAAAGCUGGCCGUCAGCUCAAGAGUGGUCGACGCUGAACAAAGAACUGGGAGGUCGGCUCAUUACACCUACUCCUCCCGCUGCGGCUUGUCAUUCGGGGCAGGCGGCCUUUAACGAAACGCAAUGUGCUAUUAUACAGAAAGCCUGGAAAACGCAGGACUGGCACACCAAAGAUCCCGUUUCGGUGUUUUGGGAUCAUUAUACCAAUGAUACCUGCCUGCCGGACCCCAAGAUGCCGUGUAGUUCCAAGGGGUACCCUGCCUAUGUGGUGAACGCCAGUACUCCAGAGCAUGUGAAGCUUGGUGUUGACUUUGCACGAAAAUACAAGGUUAGACUCGUCGUCAAGACUACUGGUCAUGAUUUCAUGGGCCGGUCAAUUGCUCCAGGUGCUUUGUCCAUCUGGACACAUUCCAUGAAUAGUAUCGAGUAUCACAGUGCCCAUUUUGAACUCAGUGGAUCAGGGAAGCUGAUUCCUGGGGACGCCGUUACCGUUGGAGGAGGCACCCAAAUGUACGACAUAUACUCGGCAGCCCACAAACGCAAUCGUACCGUCGUAGGAGGAGCCGCCAAAGGAGUUGGUAUCAGUGGCUACAUCUCCGGAGGUGGUCACUCCAUCCUUUCUCCUCGGUAUGGACUUGGCGCAGACCAAGUUCUCGAAAUGCAAGUCGUGACCCCCAGGGGAGAAAUCUUGACCGUGAACGAAGAUCGCAACGCUGAUCUCUUUUGGGCUUUACGUGGGGGCGGUGGUUCGACAUUUGGUGUCGUUACAUCUGUCACGGUCAAGACGUAUCCCACUCCAAAGAUCCUCGACAUUACUUUCUCGGCAUUCAUCAUGCCCAAUUCGACAUACUACAGCGAUAUUCUCACCUACCUGAUAUCCCAAGCCCCAUACUUGAUGGAUGCCGGCCUUUCGGGCUACACGCAAAUUACUCAAAACACGUCCAAGCCCGGCCCCAUUCCCGGUAUGCCCGACAGGACGUCCGGUUGGUUCGGUAGAGUUAUUCUGCAGGACGCCAGAGGGGAGCAAGACGUUGCCGAUAUUUUCAAGCCAAUAAAUGAGACACUGAAGCACAAAUGGCCAGGGGAGGCCGGGCUAUACACUGCGGUGAAACCUUACGACUCAUUCUUGGACUGGUUCAAUGUCAAUUUCGAUUCAGAACCAGCCGGCAAAAGCUGUUAUAUUGGCUCGUGGUUGUUGGAUGCGAAGACGUUGACUACGCCCUCCUCGGAGCUUACCAAUGCGCUCAUGAGUCCGAUUCUGUAUAAUGGGGAAUAUGUUAUCUUCUUCAUUGCAGGCAAGGGUGUUAUCAACGCAAAACCGAGAGGCGGCGGCAAUGCCGUCAAUUCAGCAUUUCGAAAUGCCCAUAUUUUUGCCUCGGCUGUACUAGAAUUCCCUCAAUCCAACAACACUGCACGGCUCAACACGAUCGAUAAGUUGCAAAAGAUGUUCCAGCCAAUGCGCGACUUGGCCCCAAACUCGGGGACGUAUGUCAAUGAGGCGCUUCCGUUCGAAAAGGACUUCCAAAAGACGUUUUGGGGUUCCAACUACGACCGCUUGCUCAAAAUUAAGCGCAAGGUCGACCCGACUGAUGUGUUUUGGUGCCACCCCUGUGUUGGCAACGAGCGCUGGCAAGAGGGUGAGGAUGGUAGGCUGUGCAUGAAGAAGUGA